AUGGCCAGUCUGGAGGAGGUAAUAGAGGAAGACAAGGAAGGAUAUCUAAUGUUAGGAGGAGACUUUAACGCUAGAACCGGGGAAGAAGGUGGACCAAUAGGAUACGGAAAAAAGGAGGAAGAGAAAACAAGGAGAUCAAGAGACAAGGUGGUGAACAGAGAAGGGAGAAUAUUGGUAAACAAGCUGAAAGAAAAAGGAUGGAUGAUACUUAACGGAAGCAAUGGAAAGCAAGGGGAAUGGACAUACAUAGGAGAACAAGGAGCAUCGGUAAUAGAUUAUGUGGUAACGAAUGAAAAGGCUAUAGAGGAGGUGAGAAAGGUGGAGGAAGGAAGCAGAACAGAAUCGGACCAUGUUCCAAUGGAAGUGGAAAUAGAUGGAAUAAGAAGAAGAAGAAGAAAAGAAAGUGGCUGUGUGGAGGUGGAAAGGAGCGUAUGGUCGGUGGAAGGGAUAGAGCACUAUCAUGAAGAAUGUGAGGGGUGGACGUGCACGGAAACAAAUACAGAGGAGAUGUGGUCAGCAAUGGAAAAUAAAGUAAAAGAAUCAAUAAUGAGGGUCAAGAAAAAGGUAACGCCAUGGAGGUUAGGAAAAAAGGAAUGGCACAGCAAAGAAUGGAAAAAGAAAAAAAGAGAGUUUAGAAGGGAACUAAAAAAAUUGAAGAAAGACAAGAUAAAAAGGGAGGAGUAUGUAAGAAAGAGAAGGGAGUAUAGAAAAUGGUGUGAAGGGAAGAAAAAGAAACACGAGGAGGAAGAGGAAGAAAAAAUAAGAUCCAUAAGGACAGAAGAAGAAGCAUGGAGGUAUAUAAAUAAAUACAGAAAGAAGAGAGAAAGAGUAGACGAGGGGAUAGAGUUACACACCUGGAACGAACAUUUUAUGGAGCUACUAGGGGGAACAAAGGAGAGAGUGAUGAUGAAAGAGGGAGAGGAACGAGAAGAGGAGAAUAGGAAAGAAAAGAGUAAUGAAGAGAUAGAAGAAAUAACAAAGGAAGAACUAGUGAAACAACUAAGAAAACUGAAGAAAGGAAAGGCACCAGGAGAAAAUGGAAUAGAGAAUGAAGCGUGGAGGCUAAUGCCAGAGAGAAUAGGCGAAGUAUUUCUAAAAUUGAUAAGGAAGAUAUGGAGGGAAGGAGGAAUACCUGAAGAGUAG